AUGUAUGGAUCAGUAUGGAAUUUAUUCAACAAUUUUUUACACAAUCCACUCACAUUUUACGUAGAUACCGCACACCUGCACUGGAAUACAACUUUUCCAGCAGUCAGCCUCUGCCAAGUAGUUAAUGGGGAAUCUGUUGCAGAACUCACAGAACAAUAUUUCGGAGCAGAUCGUGACCCUUUGCUGGAUAGUCUCAUAAUUGACAUUGCGUUUUAUGGCGGCACAUGCUAUUCAUGUGAGGAAUGUCACCCAAACGCUGCCUCAUUCGCAACGUCGGUAGACUGCGCGGCUCUGCGAAACUUUACCGAAAUUGUGCGGCGUCAUCGGGUAACUUGCGAAGAGCUGCUCACGGAUUGUCAUUGGCAGAAGGAAUCCUUCGAUUGCUGUCGCUUCUUUCGCCCACUCGAUACGGAGUUUGGACGAUGUUUUAGUGUUAAUGCAGCUAACUACGUGGGUGUAACGUCACCGGCCCCACCGAGGCUCGUUAGUAACCGGGCGUCCGGUCCGGGGUGGUUGGGUUUUCGUGUACUCGAAGACGUUCAGCUUUAUCUUCACGAUGAAUUCAGUGUGCCUUACUCAUAUGUUGACCGCUCAUUGCGCGAGACUGUGCUCUGGGGCACGCGUAAAGAAAUUGUCGUACGUGUAAUAGAAAUGGAAAAUAUGGACACAGUACACGAGCUGCCCAUUUGGCGACGUAACUGUCGAUUCCCUGGGGAAACUGUGGAUGAAGGUAAAGUUAUUCAAAAUGUAGCUUAA